AUGCCUAUGCUUCCUAGAGCAAUCAAAGAAGGACAUGCACUCUGUUGGUUUUGUUGCUUCUAUUAUCUGAUCAAACUAUUUUUUACUCUAUUCUAAUAUUAAGAAAUAGUGGAACCUACUUUCAGUAUACUCAUCUUAGUGAUUGGUUUACACGAUGUGAUUAACAUGCUUCACUAUUUAGUAAUAAUUAUAAUUCUGACAUAUAUAAUAUAUAGGUAUUAUUGAUGUACAGAACUUCAAUAGAUAAUUUAAUGUACUCUCUCUGAACUUUUCCAUUACCUAAAUAAUCAUUUAAGAAUUUGUUAGUUAUUAUGGUCCUAUGAACGGACUUCUCAUCAUUGAUAUUAUUGAAAAAAAAUCCAUCUAUUUCAAUUGUAUUACCAUUAAAUUAUUACACUACUUCAUUUCUGUCUACACUUUAGUCACCAUAAUAUUUAUUUCCACCGAUAUCCCCAUGUUUAUUCAACUAUAUAUUGUACUCUUAAUUAUUUAUUGGUUUAUUCCAGUUCUUUUGUGCUUUGUUUUGCCAUUUGUGAUGUUAUGGUUUAUAGUACUACGACAAAAAUUAAAUUAUUAAUAAAAUAGGAAUAUUAUUAUCAAUUUCUAUGAUCAAUUACAAAACAUUAAAUUUAGAAUUCUUAAAGAAAAACAUCCUUCAUUGUAAUCAAAUGAUUGGUAUUUUAUUUAAAUUACUUUAGUCCCAUUUGUUAUUAACAAAUAAAUGAAUCUCGCAGUGUUAUUUAAAUGCCUUGCCAUCAAGAACAUUACUUUCAUGCUGAAUGUUGUAGAUAAUGGCUUGGGAGAGAUUCAUGUUGUUCAUUGUGUCGGGUAGGAUUAGAGUAGUAGCCUAAAGAUGUGGCAUUACUUGAAUUCAUUUGAAUAUAUUUACUAAUUAAUAAUAUAUAUUAAAAUUUAGGAUGCUUAAGACAAAUUAGAAUUACAUUCAAAACUCUUGAAAUAUCCUCUAUUUUACACGUACAUUCAUCAUCUCAAGUAUAUAGCUUAUAAGAUCAUAAAGAAACAAGAAAGAAACAAGUAACUUAAUGGGGUGAAAUUGUCCAUCUCUACUUUCAAUCACAUAAAAUUUUGGAAUCCUCUAUUAGUGGAAUCCUUAAUAUUCCCAUAAUUUAGGAUUUAUCCUCUUUGAUAAGAGUUUAGAUUCUUCAGAAAUCAAAGAAAUACUUAAUUAAAUGGCACAAUUAGGAUCCAUAGAAUGGAAAAAUGAUUAAAAUUUCCCUGUGAAUUUGGUUAGUCCUUUCGAAUUGGCAGUUGCAAUCUAUGCUUGGGCUAAGGAGAAAAAAUUGAUUGUUACACAGAGACAUUAAGAGGCAUUACUGAAGGAAGUAGGACUGAUUAAACUAAAAGUAUUAUUGUACAUAAAUCUAUAGAAUUUACCUUAAGAAUAAAUUCUCAAAGCAUGCUUAAUUUUAGAAGAAACUGGGAGAUGCUAAGUCUAUGAGUUUAAUGGUUUAUAUAGUAUCAAAUUUAUAUGA